AUGAGUGAUCAAACUGUUCUACUCAGACCUCCCGCAGGACAGAUUGGACCCUCCCGCCGGACAGAUUGGACCCUCCCGCCGGACAGAUUGGACCCUCCCGCCGGACAGAUUGGACCUCCCGCCGGACAGAUUGGACCUCCCGCCGGACAGAUUGGACCUCCCGCCGGACAGAUUGGACCUCCCGCCGGACAGAUUGGACCUCCCGCCGGACAGAUUGGACCUCCCGCCGGACAGAUUGGACCUCCCGCCGGACAGAUUGGACCUCCCGCCGGACAGAUUGGACCUCCCGCCGGACAGAUUGGACCUCCCGCCGGACAGAUUGGACCUCCCGCCAGACAGAUUGGACCUCCCGCCAGACAGAUUGGACCUCCCGCCAGACAGAUUGGACCUCCCGCCAGACAGAUUGGACCUCCCGCCAGACAGAUUGGACCUCCCGCCAGACAGAUUGGACCUCCCGCCAGACAGAUUGGACCUCCCGCCAGACAGAUUGGACCUCCCGCCAGACAGAUUGGACCUCCCGCCAGACAGAUUGGACCUCCCGCCAGACAGAUUGGACCUCCCGCCAGACAGAUUGGACCUCCCGCCAGACAGAUUGGACCUCCCGCCAGACAGAUUGGACCUCCCGCCAGACAGAUUGGACCUCCCGCCAGACAGAUUGGACCUCCCGCCAGACAGAUUGGACCUCCCGCCAGACAGAUUGGACCUCCCGCCAGACAGAUUGGACCUCCCGCCAGACAGAUUGGACCUCCCGCCAGACAGAUUGGACCUCCCGCCAGACAGAUUGGACCUCCCGCCAGACAGAUUGGACCUCCCGCCAGACAGAUUGGACCUCCCGCCAGACAGAUUGGACCUCCCGCCAGACAGAUUGGACCUCCCGCCAGACAGAUUGGACCUCCCGCCAGACAGAUUGGACCUCCCGCCAGACAGAUUGGACCUCCCGCCAGACAGAUUGGACCUCCCGCCAGACAGAUUGGACCUCCCGCCAGACAGAUUGGACCUCCCGCCAGACAGAUUGGACCUCCCGCCAGACAGAUUGGACCUCCCGCCAGACAGAUUGGACCUCCCGCCAGACAGAUUGGACCUCCCGCCAGACAGAUUGGACCUCCCGCCAGACAGAUUGGACCUCCCGCCAGACAGAUUGGACCUCCCGCCAGACAGAUUGGACCUCCCGCCAGACAGAUUGGACCUCCCGCCAGACAGAUUGGACCUCCCGCCAGACAGAUUGGACCUCCCGCCAGACAGAUUGGACCUCCCGCCAGACAGAUUGGACCUCCCGCCAGACAGAUUGGACCUCCCGCCAGACAGAUUGGACCUCCCGCCAGACAGAUUGGACCUCCCGCCAGACAGAUUGGACCUCCCGCCAGACAGAUUGGACCUCCCGCCAGACAGAUUGGACCUCCCGCCAGACAGAUUGGACCUCCCGCCAGACAGAUUGGAUCUGAAGUGUCUUGGCCUAGCAGCCCCGGGUUGACCGUUGGCAAGCACUUCCACGCCGUGGCCCGCGCCGCCUGGUGUGACGAGAGAGAGUGA